AUGGUCUUCUGUGGGAAGCCAUCUGGCGGAUGUCAUGCCUGUAGAGCAAGAAAGACAAGAUGUGAUAAAGUACCCGAAGGCUGCGGCCAAUGCAAGAAUGCCAAGCGUAUCUGUCCUGGCUACCGAAAACUAGGCGACCUGAUCUUCCGCGACGAAUCAAGCAAUGUGGUGCAUAAGUUUAAGGCUAGAGAGGCUCGAGAGGCUAAGACGAUGGCCUCUGUACCUGCUAUCGACAUUAUUAGGUCCCAAGAAAAUGCAGCUCAGGGUUCUCGGGAAACGUCACUUGAAAUUGUUCAACAACAAGACUCCUUGAUGUCUAUCAGAUAUGCCGUAGCUCCCACUAUCGAGGAUCAAGCUACCGGCUUCUUUAUUUUUAACUAUGUAUUAGACAUCCAUGGGCCCAGCAAAGGCCAUUUUUACAACCUGGUCGAUAUUGCUCGAGACCAAAAGAUAGAAGAUAGUCUCAUGACGAGCAUGAAAGCUGUUGGACUCGCUGCCUACGCACACACAACACGUACCCCCUCACUUCUCCAAAAUGCCCGCUACCAAUACAUGAAAGCUAUCCAGCUUACGAACGCUGCCCUUACCUCACCCAAAGAUGUAAUCAAAGAUAGCACGUUGAUGGCCAUUCAUGUUCUUGGCCUCUUCGAAACAGUCACAGGAUGUAGACAGCGCUCAAUCAAAGACUGGUCUGAGCAUCUGCACGGUGCAGCAGCUGUCAUUAAAUUGCGUGGUCCUGACCAAAUUAAAACCCGCCCUGGUCGUCACAUGCUCAUACAUCUUGCAUCCCAAUUGAUGAUAUCAUGCAUGCAAGACAAUAGAAGGCUGCCUGCAUAUAUCCGCGAAUACAUGGAUGCAGCUUUUAUGAAAGUCGGCACCCCAGAGCCUUCAUUCGUAAUACUACACUGCACGAUGCAGUACACCGAUUUGAACUCUGACAUUCAGAACAAAGUCAUCACCGACCCUGAAACCAUCAUCUCCAAAUGUCUAGAAAUAGAUGGAUUCCUCCUUGCAAUAGUUACAAACAUCCCUGAUGGAUGGGAUUUCGAGACAGUCCUUACAGACGUAGAGUCGGACUUUGUCUAUAAUGGGUCUUAUGAUGUCUAUUACGAUUACUGGAUAGCCCAGAUGUGGAACGCUCUUCGCACGUUGAGGGCAAUGCUCAAUGAGCAAGUACGGAAUACGCUUCUCGCAGGCUUCUCAUCCAAGCCUCCAUGUUUCACAGAACCGCAAUACACAGCCCAGUUUCAGAUAUCGACAGAACUUUUGUACCAAGUUCAAGACGAUAUUCUCCGGACUGUUGUCCAGCAUAUGGCAGUCAUCAAAGUCUACUCGCCGAUGAGCGCCCCCACAUGCACGGUUCAGAGCGUCGUCGGAAAAAGGGAACGAGGCAGCUUUAUUUUUCAACCACGGGCUAUCUCUGAACAGUUCAUCACACCUGACGCAAUCCAGGCUGCAGAGGGUUUUCAAAUCCGGCGCCCCCACUGA